AGCCAGGUUUUCUGCGGCCGCCUGAGCCCCGAGUGCUGCCCUCUGCACUCAGCUGUUUGUUUUGUUGACGAGCAGAGUCUGGCUCGCUGCUCAUAUUCUCGACUUAUUACAUUCGUGGCCGCCUCUGACAAGCCUCCAGUGAAGCCCUCCUGUUUUCCCAGGCUCAGAUAAGUGAAGUGGCCACGGCGAGGGAGAAGGAAGCGAGGAAAGGCGAGGGAGCGAGAGCAACUUUCACAGUGUUAACGCUUGGUGGAUGUUGUGUGCGUGUGUUGGUGGUUGGCCUUGGUGUGUUUGUGUAUGGGUGAGCUCUGUCUGCGUGUGUGUGUGAGCUCUGCUUGUGUUUGUGCUUACCUGGCCAAUACACACACGUGAAAACGUCCGUGGUUUGGAAACUUAAGGACAGCAAGGACUGGUGAGACCAAGUCAAGGAGCUCCUCAAGGAAUACCAGAGAAAGCAGAAUCCAAAGAAAGUCCUUUUUGCUUGCUUAGAGACAUAAUCUGAUCAGUGACUAUGUGGAAUUAUUUGAAGAACAUGUAUGUAGCCCUUGGACAGAGUAAUGAGGUCGUUCUCGCCGAGUCCAGCACCACGUCCUGUUAAUUAACGAACUCAAGUGUUUGUUGUCGUGAAGUCCACAAUAGUGUCUCUCAAUGGGUGCAUCGGUAAUUCCAAUUCGAGUGAUGAGAUGAGCAUGAUGUCGGACGGAGGGGGGCCGGGGGGUGGGGGGGAGUCCAGCAAGCCGUAUGAUUACCUCCUCAAGUUCCUUCUGGUGGGAGACAGUGAUGUCGGGAAGCACGAGAUCCUUCAGCCCUUGGAAGAUGGUUCCACCGAGUCGCCCUUCUGUGUUGGCAGCGGACACAAGACGACCACAAUCCUGCUGGACGGGAAGAGGGUCAAGUUACAGCUGUGGGAUACAUCCGGCCAAGGAAGAUUCUGCACCAUUAUAAGAUCUUAUUCUCGAGGUGCCCAGGGCAUCCUCCUGGUGUAUGAUAUCACCAACAAGUGGUCAUUCGAGGGCUUAGAUCGAUGGAUGAAGGAAAUUCAGGAGCAUGCUCCUGGUGUGCCGAAGGUAUUGAUUGGCAACCGACUUCACUUAGCUUUCAAGAGGCAGGUGAGCCAGAGCCAAGCAGAACAGUAUGCAGCCAAAAACCACAUGAACCUAUUUGAAGUUAGUCCACUGUGUGACUUCAAUAUUGUAGAGAGUUUUACAGAACUCUCACGGUUGGCUUUAAAACGGAAUGGGAUGGAGAGACUUUGGAGAGCGAAUAAAGUGUUAACGCUCCAAGAACUUUGUAGUAGAGCAAUAGUUGCAACAACAACUGUGUAUGGUAUUGAACACUUGCCACUACCACACUCAAUCAAGUCACACCUCAAAAGCUAUACCAUCCAUAAUCAUGCUACAAGACUCAGACAGGGUAUUCCAUUAACUGAUAAGCACAAAAAGAAGCACCUGAUGAUCCCAGGAGACACCACAACAUCCUGUGUCAACACUUCCACUUGUGUUAUCUGCUAGUCACAACUUGGGGUUAUCUACUGGUGAUUUGCCAAGUCACAGCCUUCUUUAACCUGUCAGCUUGGAGUUAAAUGUUAUUACCAUAUCAGCUCACAAGUCACUGUCACCUGCAAUUCUUCAUUGUCUGUUGUUGUUUGUGUAUGAUAGGAUUUUAUGAUAUAAUAUAGAUAAUUCAGCAUUGGCAUAACUAUAUAAAGAUAAAGAAAUUUAUUCAUGAAAUACUGAUUUAGUGUGAUAGCACGAUGAAAGUUUUGCUAUGUCUAUCUUUAGCAUCUAUAAGUAUUAAACAUGAAACGCACAUGAUGUCAUAUAUACAGUUAGAAUUAUAAUCAGUGUAGUAGCCAAUGUCAUUUUUGUAAUUACCACCAUUAAGGUAUCACAGAUCGUGUUGAAAUUGUAGUCAAUGUACAGAAGCAUUAAGGCCUGAUAUGGCUUAUGAUUAAUCCCAUCAUUGAUAUGUGUAUCAUUCUACAAAUUCAUAAUACACAAUGUAAAUUGUUUUGUAGCUGCAAACCAUUUUAUGUCUAGAUAAGAAAAUGAUUUUCUAGAUGUGGAGCUAUUAAAUCAUGUAAACAGAUUUUGAAAUAAUUUUUGAUAAGUCUGCAUAUUGAAGAUUUAUUGUGGACAUGAUGGAAUAUAUUUAUUUGAAUUUUGAAAAUGAAGGUCUUGAAGUUUCAUUUUAGAUAUAAAUAUAUAUUUUUUAUUAUUUGAUUAAGAUUGCUGGUGACACUGUGUAUCAUUAAGUUAAUGAUAUAAUGAUCUGAUAUGCUAAAAUUUAAUUUUGUAACUUUGUAUAUUACAGUGAUUUUCAGUUGCAUGUGCGUAAUGGAAGAUAUAUUGUAAUUAAAGUAUGAAAGAAACCAAAAGAUGGAAGGUGAGAUAUGGCAGUUGAUUGGCAAGGUUCAAAGCAAAGACUAAAAGUACUUGUAGUAACAUAAGUGAAAUUACAAGAAGUAUAUGGUCUGAGAAUACUGAAAGUCUGUUUCCUAUUACAAUAUGUGAUACAAAGAUGAAAAGAGUUGUGCUCAGGUGAGAUGUAAAUUCUACUGAAUAGGGAAUUGACAACAAAAUUACCAACAGUUGUAUGAAAGAGUAUGCUGUAGAAAAAAACAGUGAUAUGAUGCCAAUUCAAUAUGUAUUGCAUUGAUACAAAAUGCCCUCCUUGCUUACCUGUAGAAUUUGAUGAGACACUGCGAGAUAAUGAUUGAAGUAAUAAAACAAAAUAUGUAUAUAUAACACAGCUUCACUGCACAUUAUUUACAUUAUUGUAUUCAUAGAUGCAAAAAAUGGAAGAGAAACAUUGUUAAUGCAUACUUUUGUGUUGUGUAUUUAUAUUUACAUUAGGUAAGGCACAUAGUGACUUCAGCUUUCUUUAUUUGUUUUGAAGAGGAGUGAAAAUUAUUGCCUUUAAGAAUGUGUUCUGCAAAGAUUAGAAAGACAGUGAAAACUAUCUUAAGUACAUAAUGAUAAUGAUACUUAAGGUUACUUAAUAAAAGAGUGAAAUUUAAAAGAAUAGAACAUAGCCAAGAUUGAGAUUAUGCUUAGAUAUUAGGAUAUUCCAUUUUGUUUGUGUUCUUAAUAAUUGGCUUCAUGUGGCAGCUUUUUCUGUGAUUAGUCAGUAAUGUUUUAGCACAACCUUAAUUAUCUGUUAAAAAAUACUGUUGUUCUACAGGCAUUUUGCUUGUAAUUAUUUUAUUAAUCCAUGGGCAGUACCUGGAAGAACAAAUGUUUUUGUACUUUGUGUUAGGUUUCGUAACUUGUUUUCCUUUUUAAUCUGCUUUGCAUGUUGACAUAAACAUUGCAGUUUGGCACAAGCAGAGAAUAUUCUAGGUGUUGCGAGAUGCAAAUAUUCACUCAUAACUAUUAUUUCCUGUUUUGUUAAUUUUGCAAGAAGAGUAGUUCCUUCCAAAACAAACAAUUAUUUUUGGAUAGUAUUCACUUUUUUUCUUGAUAUAGUUAAGUGUUACAAAAUCACUCUCUUCUACCCUAAUAUUAGGUCUGGUAGCUGUUCUAUCACAUUUGCUUCUGGGAAAUAAUGUAAUUUUCUUCUUUUAAACAGUAUUAUUAGAUAGGUAAAGUUCUGAAAUAGAUGAAAGCCAAAUGAAAAGCAGGAGAAAGUUAAGAAAUUAUUUAAUAGGAAAGCUUGAAAUGUAAGAAAGAGUGAGUAUGAAAGCACUUCUGAUUUAUAUAUUGCAUGAAUGUAUCAGACAUAAGAGCUGUGGAAGAGAAAAUUGGAUGGCACAAGGAAAUAAAUUCCUGCUAGUGUCUUUUGUGAGGCUGUUGUCCUGUCAAUGAACUGCCCUUAGUGUGUUUGAGCUCUCCUUUAUGUUGCAUUAUUGAUUAUUUAUCUACCCUUUUUUGCACUUUCGAAAUGGUUCUCAUACUCAAAUACUUUCACUAUUUGAUGACAGAAUGCUUAACGUCUCAUUUUACUAUUAAUAAUAUGCUCAAUAGGAAUCAAAUGCAUCUGUUUAGAUCCCUGAUUUUGUCCAGUGUCCAUAACCAAUUUCUUUUGCAAUAUAAAAUAAUUGUUUCAGUGUUUAUGGGUAAAAGUUUGCAAGAACAGGCAUAAAUAUAAUGAAUGCGGUAUCUAGUAUGAAGGAGAGCAUAGAAUAUCAGAUUUGAAGAUUAACUUAAGGGUAAAAGUCUGCAAGAACAGGUAUAAAUAUAAUAAAUGCAGUAUGUUGUAUGAAGGAGGGCAUAGAAUAUCAGAUUUGAAGAUUAAUGAGAUAAAUGGGUUUUUUUUUAUGCAACUGUUAAAAUGUAUGUAUGCAACAGAAAUAUUAGCAUAUUCAUCACAAACAAAAUAUUAUGUAACCUGCAUUAUCAUAAAGUUUAUGACAUCACUGUUUCUUGUUAAUGGCAUGUUAAUGUUUGUAGUUUUUAAGAAAAUAUUUGAAGAUCCUUUAUAGCACUUGUUGAUGUCACUAGUAUUUCUUAAUAUUUUCUCUGUUUGUCCAAAUGAAAAAAAAAAGAAAAAAAAGUACAGAAAGGAAGUAGGUAUAUUCAAUCAAUAUUUUAGGAAAGUCUGAAGAACAGGAAACAAUGUUUUGUUAAAGUUUAACAUUUUCUGCAUCAGAUGAUGGUAAUGAAUAUGUCCAGUUAUACGUAGUUAUCCAUGAAAAUUAAGUAGAGGAGCUGUCUUAUAUAUGCUGCAGGUAAGCAGCUAUGGUCAUCAAAAAGGAUGUUGAAAGUGCACCUGAAAAUUGUCACUCCACUCUGGUAAUGUACAAACUUUUGCCUUCAUCUCUGUAGGCUAGGGAAUUGUAUUGCUGUGAUGUAUUACCUUCUUGAAUGGUAUGUUAACCAAGUUGGUAUGGAUGUUUUUGUUUUCUCUUUAAUUACUGCCACAAUACUCUUCGUUCUUUUUUUACUGUUCAAAUUGUGUGAAAAUAUUUACAGGAUUAGCAAUGUAUGAUUUUCUGGAUUACAGAUGUCAUAUAUAUGAUGUAUUCAUUGGGUAAGAAUGGUAUGCUUCAGUUUAUAGUGAUUUACUUCUUUCUUGGUUUACUGUCAGCACAUUCAUCUUAUUGAUUUUUUGUAUUCACUUGAGUCUGCUUUUUGGCUAAAAUUAUUUUAAUGUAGAUUGAGCUUGUGGCAAGUAAGAGAAUAAGAAUUCAGUUAUUAACAUGGAUUUUAAUAAUGUCUUGUGUCUCCUUCAUAUUUGAAAUAUCUUGUUUGCUACAAUAUUUUCCUAAACAUUGCAGGUAAUAUGACUUAAUUUUAUUUUAUUCAUUUAAAGACUUCUCAGUUAGUCAUUACUCAUACUGAAUAUUCAAGUGCUGUUAGACAGGGCAAAUUGAUUUUAUUAAGAUAUUCCUGAUUCUGCUAAUAAUACCAAAUAUUUAUUGGAUUAUUUCUACAAUGUUUACAUACCUGCUGAAAGUUUGAAAAUUAAAUAGGAUUCAGAGUAUUUUUUGGUAAUAUAGAAGAAAAGAAAACUUGCUUUGAAGUAGUGAAGAAUUUUGUCCCUUAUUCUUUAGCUCUGCAGCAAUAUUUUUGUCAAUAUUAUUAACUUUAAAACAGAUGACAGCUUGUCCAGAUUCCAUGAUAGGAAUUGGAGGUAACCUAAUGUCCUUUGAAUUCUAAUUUUUCAAGGAAUCUUGUACCUUGUUUUAAGUAAUGGACAUAUGCAAAUAAACUGUGAGUGAAGGUCAUGGAGGUUAUUAUUGUAUUGAGGGUGUAUUUGUAGACUUUGUAUAUAGACCAAAAAGUUUGUCCGGCUCUAUAGAAAUUACUUAAUGCUACAUCAUAGCUGUAGUUUGUCCAGCUCAUUGAGAAGUGAUAUGCAGAAGGUUUAAGUACAAUGUUUAAAGCACUGCAACUAUACUUGAUAGAUUGUACCACUGCCUUGUUGAUGGAUAGUUUUAUAUUUGCCCUUUAAAUGCAAAGUCAGCUGCUGCAGUGUGAUAAUGAAGGCAUAUGCAUCAACAAAAUUUGGACAAGUCAGUUUGUUGCUGACAGAGCAACCCUGCAUGAAGGUGUAGCAUUAUAGCAGCUCCUGUAAGUGUUAGUGCUGCAGUGUCUUACCACUUUAAAGUAUGUUCACUGCAGCUCUUGUAUGCACUAUAUUAGUUUAGUGGAUAUGGAAUUUUCAAGAGCCACAUUGUAGAACAAUGAACAGUUUGUUUGAAGGUGCAAAAUAGUUCUGAAAUAAGAGUGUUCAGCAAGAAAUAGAACCUGUGUGGUUACAGCUCAGUACUUACUCUGGUCCAGUUAUGUAUGUAAAUGAAUCUGUGAAUGUAGCUUGUAUUUCUAAUAACUAAAUCCAUACUUUAUUUCUUUAUAUAAAUUAUGUAUAUUAUUGUUCUGGCUCUGAUGUAAUUUGUUGAAAUUGUUAGUAAAAGAGUACAUCAAAGGCAGACAUAAAGGCAUUUAUAUAACAAACAGGAAAAUCUAAAAUCAUGUUUGCACUUCUUGUUCUGAAAAGGUGGUUCUCCAAUUCCUAAAAGAUCUUUGUAUAUUUUGUACAGAAGUGUCGUGCUUAGUCUGGCAUGUAUUUGUAUAAAAAAACAAAAAAAGUUUUCAAUAAAAAUACUUAUGAAAAUGA